ACAAUUGUUAUACAUGUACAUGUACAACAGGUUGGGAAUAUCUGACGUUGGCUUAUUAUCGGAGCGAUAAGUCAGUAGUCAGUGUGAUUUCUUUGUUUCUUUGGAAAUUUGGUGUCUUCAAGAUGUCUGGAUUACCCUCCAUGUCUUCAAGGGUGGCCUAUAAUUUUCCCAUAUCGCUGUGUCCCGAGCUCUCCCAAAAUGUUCAGGGCCGCUGCACGCGUGAAGACUGUAAGUACCUACACCCGCCGCCCCACUUGAAGACCCAACUGGAGAUCAGCGGCAAGAACAGCAUCGCAGCCCAGAAGAUGCUGCAGAAUUUGCACAACCACCAGCUGCAGUUGCAGGCCGCUGCCGCCGCCAGCAUGCAGCUGCACCAGCCUGGCGCCACCAUCUUGCCUACGCACCACCAGGCGCUCAACUCACUGGAGUUGGUUGGCUGUCCGUCAUACCCGUACGACAUGGGACGAUACAACACCAGCUGCACUAGAUGCUUACAGACAGAGGCGCCGUCCCCAGGAUUGAGUACCUCUCCCGCCCUCAGUACGUCACCCGCAGUGUCCGAAUCGUCCUUCUACAGUACCUACUUGUACCCCAUGCCUGUUUCCAUGCCCCCAGCAAACCAAGUGCCCAGUCAUCUCAACUCCAUGUACUCCCAGUACCUACCGGCGCAGCACAUUGCACCGACCAAUCAGCUUCAAGAUUUCCCCACGCCAGGCCAAAUAUUUACCCCCAACGGAGCCGUCAUACCCUACCUACCACAGCGCCCCAAGAACGACAAGUUGGAAGUCUGUCGUGAGUUUCAGCGGGGCAACUGCUCGCGGGCAGAGUGCAAAUUUGCUCACCCUGCCGAGGGGGCGGCCAUAGACCAGCUCGACAACACCGUCACGGUCUGUAUGGAUUACAUCAAGGGGCGGUGUAGUCGGGACAAAUGCAAAUAUUUCCACCCGCCCGCGCACCUCCAGACCAAAAUUAAGGCCGCCCAACACACUAACAGCCAAGCUAGCGUUGUGCUUCCGACCACGCCUGAAACAAUCAGCAAGAAACGAGCCCGGGAGCCUGCCGAUGACAUCAUUCUGAAUCCCGCAUUGCCGGGGCUUAUUCCGCCGCCCAAGAAAGGCGUGGGGGCCAUCUCACAUUCACAUCACAUAGCCGCACAGAGCCUGAUCCAGCAUCACCCGGCUAUGUACCAACCGGCCCUGACCACGUCCAUGCAGAUGAAUGGCCAGCCCUCUCAUUACCUACCACCGCCAAAAGUGUCAGUGAAUUGGCACUACCAAGGUGGAGGCAGCUGGGUUGCUCUCCCCGCCCAAACAUGGCCGAAAGCCGCCCCAGAAGUUCCCAUGAUGCCAACAGUGCCUCCCGGUGCCGCCGCUACCAUGCCUUCUUUCUACACACACCAAGUUAUGCCCCAGCAGCAGUCGGCUGAUACGAUACCUGUGUGUCGCGACUUCAAGUCGGGUAGCUGCAAGAGGCCCAACUGCAGAUAUGCACAUGUGAUGGAAGACCAAGUAGAGAUCAUUGAGGGCAAAGUGACGCUGUGUCGUGAUGCCGUCAAGGGCAAAUGUGCACGAGCCAAUUGCAAAUACUACCACAACUCCUCCAAUGCCUCUGCCUCCUCCUCUGCAGUCAAUGCUAGUGUCACCGUUGCCACCACUAUGGUUGCUUCAUGCUCUACUCCUCUGGCUGUCGCUACCAUGGCUGCUCAAUAAACAAAAAAGCAAGGGAGACAUAUUCACACAAAAAUCGGCUGAUCUCUCUUAUGCCUGCCUGCCUGCCUGUUUUGCCUGCACAACCCCCUCCCUUCUUUUUUUUUUGCUGGCGCUUUUGAUAAAAACCCCUUUUAUCACCAAGCUCGGAAACCAGCAAAAAAAAAAAACAGUCGCAUUUGGUUUUGUUUUCUCCACUUUUGUAUCUGCUUACAUCCCAGUGUCUGAAUUCAUAGAGCAUUUUGGGACCGUUGCUAUUUCUCAUGUUGGUAUCAUUUAAUUUCUGACUAUAGAAAAGAGACUUUAUUUCUCCGUUUUUGACGCUGGGAGAGAUGUAAGAUAAGCUUGCCCGCACAUCAUGAAAUCACGACAUUCAUAUGCACACACACAAGUGUUUAAUUGGAGGGGGUUAAAUUGUGUACAGGCCUGCAUGAGAAUGACGUUGUGCAUUUAGAUGUAGAAUCACAACAAAAAUACCCACAAGAUUCAGAUGGCAACCCUCAGUUCUUUCUACCUUUUUUUUUCCUAAAUAACUUUGGGAAUAUAUUGAAUUGACUUUUUUUACCUUGAAAAAAACCAUUGUGUGGUAAAAUGUGCCAAAAAAGAGACAAUUUUUAAGAUUAUGAAGCAUGUAAAUGUCGGACUGUUUCUUAGUGUAUAUAAAAAGAAAGUUAGUUGACAAAAAUCACCAAUUUAGAUUAUUUUUUUUUAUUGUGUGUAUCCUUUGAUAAAAUCCCGCACUUGCACGAGAAAUAUUGGGGGGGGGGCGUGGAAAUCUGUGGAAAUAACUACAAGAAAUAUUUUUCUCGACGGUGCUUUCUUUUUUUACUUCAACUGAAAUAAAACAACACUUUUGUACUCAAUUUGAUGUGAAACCCUCUACUUGCGUUUGUAUAGUAAUUCGAGUUCAUAAUUUUUCACAAGUUGUUAAUAUAUACUUUUGAAAGAACACCUUUUAUAUUUGGGGUCAUGCCAUUGGAAGCCUGUGGAUAUCUUUGUGGUGAUAUAUUUUAGCCCAGAUCAGCUUUUUUUUUUUCGGUGAUAGAAGCAAAAGGGUGGACGUGCAGGCCAAUGCAUUGGAUUGACAACGUCUGUAAAUCAAAAACAUCCAGGAGAAAUCACAAAAGGAAACAGAGAAAAGGUACAGAGAGUUGUAAAAAAAAAAAACACUUCAAAAUCCUUUUGGCAAACGGAGUAAGGGCCUGCUCAUGUCAUAUUUUGGGACGAGUUCCGGACAAGUUAUAAACAUUGUAUCGGGUGUAAGUUGCAGGAUUCCUAUCAACUUUCCUGCAAUGAAGUUAUCAGUAUGAGUCCAGCGGUUGCCAAUGAAAGUUUUCCCGGAACAUGUCCGGGACAAAUGCGGCGCUUCUCUCGGACAAAGUGAAUGAUUCUACCUGCAACUUGUCGGUAACUCAUCCCAGAUAUGAAUAGAGACGGGCCCUAAAAUGGUUACAGCUUCAACCAAUCUUCACUGCAUGGCUGCAAAUGAUCCACCAUAUUUUUUUUCAACUGUCAUCGGUGCAAACUAAUGAUGCUUUCUGGGCUGUGUUGGUUUUUUGGAUUUGUUUUAGCUUCUUCUUGGUAGUCAAUUUUUCCCACCAUCUUUGUAUUAAAGGAAUGCCGAGUAGUGGAUGUGUUGAUUUGUAUAUUCCAUCACCGCUGCUGGCUAUCUGAAUGAUCUUUACGCUCAUUUUUUGCUUGAAAGCAUGCCAUAAUGCCUUAUAGCUCUGAAAUGUUAUUUGUUUGUAGUUUGAGUCGUGUCACAUCACAUGGAAGCAUUCGCUAGAGGACGAUUGACCAUUAAAUGUGUUUUUUUUCUUAAGGUGAGCAAGUCUUUUGACGUUUCUCAGUUUAAAUUAUAAAUGAAGGAGGCAUAAGUUGAGGAACUUUGGUGUUUCUCGGAUGUAAAACUUACCAGUUUUGGCGUGACAUAAAUGGCGCCCUCAAGCGUUCUGUCGUACCAUGUGACACGCUCUGUAACCCAUGUUUACAAGCUUGCUGCUUUGGGGGUACAUGUAUAAUAAUCUCAGCACAUGAAAUUCAAGCGAAGACCUUACAUGGAACGCAAAUUUCGAUAUUUUUUUUCUUCAAAAAUCCUUCAGUUGUUUUUCUGAAGGAAAGGAGAUAAACAGUUGUUUUCUUGGUUGCUUUUUUUUUUAAUGGUUUUCAUUUUUCACAAUUUUUAUUUUAUUUUGCUCUUUGUGUUCAAAAACACUGUGCCAAAUGCUUUUCCUUUUAUUUUAUUUUACUACCUGGUAGUUCGUUCUGACUUUAUAAUUCGGAGAAGCUUAAGAGAAAAAAAAGCUGAAUAGACAAGGGAAAAUUGUCCCCCAAAAAUAAGAAAAUGAAAGGGGCUAAACUUGGCUUUUACAAGGAGAAAAGUCCCUGUCAUCUAUUAAUGGGAGAGAAAUUGAAAUAUUGCAACUCGUUAAAAGAUUCGCUGUUUGAACAGAUCUGGUGGAAGCUUUCUAAGGUUACUGCUUUAGAGCACGUCAUGCUGAAAUGCUUGACAAAAAAAAAAAAAAAAGAUUAUAAAUUUUAAGGAUUAAGAAGGAGCUUAGCUCCCUAAAAAAGGAAAACUUUACUCUAUCUGUCGUUUAAAAUUGAGAUGCAUAUAUCCGUCUCUCAUUUUAGUGAUUUGUAGUUGUAUAAAAAACUGUAUGACAUGUCGAGUCAUACUUAUAUAAUGUACUUAAACAAGUUUUUUUGUAUAUAACGUGUGAGGUUACAAAAUACAUUUAGACAAUUAUCUUUUUUGGGUUAUUGUCGGUCUUCUUGGAGUAAAAAUAAAAUAUCUUAAAUCAAUGGUAUUAAUAUUCAGUAUCAACGUAGUGUCUUUUACAAAUCUUGGUGCCGUCUUCUUUUUGUUUUUUAAAGGAAGAAAACAAGUGUGUGCCAUUGUUUAUUCAAUUUUAGACAAUAAUUUGUAAAACAUCUGACAAAAAAAAUAAUUAGGUGUGGUUAAUUCUUAUGAUGUUAUGAUAACAAUAAUUAAAAAAGAAAAUACAGGGUGCCGACAAUCCUAAUGUAACUGGACUUUUUUGCCAAAGUAUUGUAAGAUUAUACGAAAAAAACAAUAGCAAGAUGUGUUUCAAGAUUACUUACAGAAGUGUGUGUGUCUUUUUUUGUAAAAAAAGAAAAGAGAAAACCACACACUAUAAACCAACAGUGUGUUAGAUACUAGCACAUUAGUUACCUGUUGGUUGUCAUGGUGAUGUAAAAACGAAAUACCAGGGUUUCCGCGUUUUCCUUUUUUGUGUGAAAAACUCGGACAUUUCACCAAAGAUAUACACUGGAUUUUUUGUAAUGAUAAUCCAUGUAUUGCGAGCUAGAGCCUUCAAAAAGUUGCUUUACUACUAAAAAGUAAAAAAAAAAAAAUGUCGCAAUUCUAUUAGCAGUGCCUGUACCGUAAAAAAAAAUCAGAUAAAAGUGCUUGCAGUAAAAAAAAAAAAAAACAAGGCAAAAAGUUAGUUAGAUGUCGGAAAUUAUUGUAGCCUGUUAAUUGUCAUUUACUGUUUUUCUUUUUUUUUUAAUUAAAACAAAAACAGUGAUGUGAAAUCUAUAUACAGAAAUGCUUCGUAGAUGUAAUGAAUGCUUCUUGUACAAAACUAAUGAUAUUGAGCAAAGCUGUGAGUGUUUCGUAGUGAAUUGUAAAUGAUCCCAUAUAUUUGUGCCAAUGGUAAGACAUAAGGGGAAAAUGACUUUUGUCUGUUUGGAAAGCCAUCAGUUUUGGUCCAUUUUGAAGAGAAUGUGUUUGUGAAAUGUCCAAAAGCACUCCUGUAAUUGUUUGGGGUUUUUUUCAUCCAUGUUUGAAUUUGUAAAACUGAAUGUUUGCACUCCCUACAUGGACUUGUAUUGAACGUGCUGGUCACAUAGAUGCCACAACUGUUUGCUAAAACAUUCACAGCUAUUGUAACCCAUUAUUUCUUCCUAAAGAAGAUUGCUAUGCUUAUUGCAAACUGUAGUGCUAUGUUCUUCUCACUUUAUGAGGUUAUUUUCCACAAUUGGACGUUUCUGAAGAUGGAAGUUUGAAAAUACGGAUUGGUAAUUUUCCUCUUUGCUGAGAAACCAUCCAAAAUCCCCCACUCUACACUGUGGCCAUCUUGGUAUUGUUCCCUGAGUCCAUAGUGCAGAUAAGUGUGAUAUGGAUGAACACAACUAUGGUGUCAGCCUAAUUGUUUUUUUAAAGGGAUUGGCUGGUGAAAUUGUGUGUGUGCAUAUGGAAAUCACUCUUCAUCAUAGUUUUCUCUGACUUGGGCACCAUUGACCAUUUCUGGGUUGAAAGUUGUAAGGUUGUAGAGGAAGACAAAUCAAUCUUUGUACAUGUUGGAAAAGCUUUUAGGAUGAAAUUACAACUGUGAAUAACUAAUGUGCAUGUGAUUUAUGUAGUUAUGCAUUAAAAUGUGUCUUGAAACAACUCAUAGCGUUAAGUAGAAACUAGAAAAAUAUCAUGAAAGAACCAUUUCACAAAACUUUUUUAUUUAAUCAAUACUAUGUAUGAAAUACAGUGUUUGUAUUUUGAGUUUGGGAUAAUCUAACCCUGGAAUGAUUCAAUUGAAACUCAGAAUGUAAAAAAAAUAAUAAUACAACAGACAAAAGUGUUUCAUUUAUGAAAAAAAUAACUUCAGAGACAUAAUAUCUGUCCUUUUAAUUUUUUUAAAUGUUCUCAACAACUCAUAUUAUUGACUGUCAAUGCAUGUUUCUGAUUUGACCUGAACAAACUUCUCCAAAAUAGUCAGUUGUAUAUUUUAUGAACAAGAACAAUCUGGGCAGAAUUGUGAAAUGGUUCUUCGAUAUCUGAUAUGCGUUUUUUUUUUAAAUCAUGCUUCUUCAUGAUUUAUAAAUAGAAUAUAUACAGUAGACAAUGUUGUACAUUACUUUUUUUUAAGUACUACCAACUUUGAAAGAUAUUAACUGAAAUGAUCAGUUUUCUGAAAUGAAAUAUUAAAGAAUAAGAAUUUUUUGUCCAUAGAUGCAGUCUAUUUUAAAGUAAGAUUCUUAAUACUGUAAGUUUAUAUUCUUUUUAGAAAACUUUUUUGAAUUAAGUGUGUAAGUAAUUUGUUUUUUCUUGUUUACUUCCAUUCAUAAAAAUUUUGGUUUCCUGUCAUAUUUCAUGGUUUGACAUAAGCCUCACUGUAUUUUGGAGAGGCGUCAUAUAAUUUUUUUUGUUUUUGGUGAUUUUGUCAGAUUUUUUUAAAUUUGUUUCUAAACGAUUUUGGUUUUCUCCUUUUUUUUGUUAAUAUAGUUUGAUGACAUGUAUAAGUUUUGAUGUUUUUAACAAGAUUUUCACCAAAAUAUUGUGUCAUUUGUAGUGAUGUGUAUAGUUUCCGUAGGCGUGCAUCUUCUGUGGCAGUUUCAGCUGAGUCUUCACCUCAAAUUCUCCUUUCCGGAAAUUGACGUUUAUAAACAACUUGGUGACGAUACACAGUUAAAGAGUGAAGCCCGACAAUCACCAGUUUCAAAAAGUCUAGAUUGCAGUGACAAAUUUAAGUUUAGAAAAAUUCUGCACAGACCAGUAAAAGUUGCAUUCUUCAACGACAGGUGUUCUUAAUUGUGGGCGUGUGCAGUAUUUGGAACGGGGGGGGGGGCGUAAAGUGGUAAAUGGAACAGAUGAAAUAUUUUCCCAUAGAGGACCAGCUGAAAUUGGCGCAGUAAGAAAUAAGUCGCGUUAGGGAUUAGCCAGAUAUAGAGCUGCACAUUUUAAAGGUUUACCCACAACACAUACACGGAAAGAAAAUCGACUUGUACAAAACAGAUGUAGAAUUUGUUCAGGGGAAAAAAAAAAUUUGGAGAGGAUUAGGUGACGUCUUGUUUUAACUGUAAGGUUGUGACUCUGAAUAGAGUAAUUUUUUUUUCUUCAGAAAAACCAAUGUGCUUGGAGUGUGUUUUUACGUUAUUUCCCACAUAUAAUUCAAAUUUUUCCAAGUGUUAUCACUUUCUUGCCCUUAUAAUCCAAAUCGUGUGAUAGUUUUCAUACACAACUGACGAAAUGAAAUUUACUUGGUUUUUAUAGCAAAGUAGAAAACAGUGGUUUCGAGACGGGAAUUCGUAUUCCCACGACAGCAAUGCAAUAACAUACUGUCAAGAACAAUUUAUCCGAAUCUGUGGAUAGUUCUUAUCAGUAUUUUAUUAUUCCUUUAUGAGGGUUUCAUAACAAAUUAUGAAUCCAUUUGCUUUAAUGGUUGCCAAAGAAACUCGCGACACGCCUCAUUGCCAAAAAAUGCUCGCGCUUCAGAGCCAAUCAUAUAUGCCUAGCCAAUGUUUGCCCAUUUUUUGCCAUCUUUUGGCAAAUUUCUCAUUUUAGGAAUAACGAUUCUGUCUGGACUGAACCGUGAAUAUUAUCAACAUGUUGUUAAAAUUCAGGGAAAUAAGGUCUUACUGUGUGGCUGCUUUCUCGAGAUCAGAAAUGAGAAAUUAUCCAGAAGCAUUUGAAUUGAAAUAUACACCCGUCAUUUUGGGAGUGAUUGUAUUUUCAGAGAUGACCAGCACAUAGUUAAUUCAUAUUUCCCUGAAUUAUUGUAAACAGUACUACAUGUAUAUCUGUAUGAAAUAUCCCAAUACUUUAGUGCAGGAUUAAUACCACAUAAUACCUGAAAUGCAGUGGUGUUCUGAGGUUAGCACUACCAACUUGCCCAAUAUAUUGUCCAUUCAAAUCAGGAUUCUUUUAAGAAUUAUAAACUCCAACAACAGAAAAGGCGGGGGAUAACUUUUUGGAGAUCAUUCUUGUCAAGUACUCAACAAAAACAAAAUAAUAAAAAAUACGAACGAUUUUUUUUGGACAUUUUUUCCCACUUUAUAUAGCAAGAUUGAACUUACUUGUUAUUGUAUGUUUUAUAAUGAAUUCGUAGGCGGAAUAAUUAUCCCAAGUGCAGUCCUGCACCAAAGAUGCUUACCUGGUUGUAGAAAUAGUGAUGCAAUCGCUCAACAAAGUUGAAGACGUCUUCAAGAUAAACAUUCUUCUCUGAAGUCACACCAAGAAAAGCCUCCAAAAUGUUGUCCCUCCCCUCCCUCUCCCCAAAAAGCCUUUUUAGCAUGCUCAUGUAACACUCUCAAAGAGGAGCCUAAAAUAGCAGCACACAGCAGAUUUAAAAACUGUACAAAUUAGUGUAACAACAAAAUUAUAUAUCGUAUCAAGUGUUUAAAGGAACGGAAUGCAACGAACCCGCUAUAUGGAAGCGUUUAACGUUUCCUGCUAUGCUGCGUGCAUGCCAUACUAGCUUGGGAACGAGGUGGUGCUUACGUUACUCGACUCCAUGUUGAAAUGUUUGCGAAUAAACCAAAAAAAUCCAAGUAAAUAAGAAACGCGCUUUGUCUUUGUUCGUCUUGCUGCUGUGGCCGAAUAAUCAAAGAAAAUGUCAGUGCCACAAUAAAAGACACCUUAUAUUGGAGUAUGGAAACUUGAAA